ACCUGUGCGUAACUCCUUCCGGGAAUCGCUCUUUGGCGUAGGGUGGGCCUAGGCGGCCUUUGGAAGCCUCGGACUCGAGUGAGCGGCCAAGCCCGCUUGAGGCCACCGGAAGGCUGGGGAAGCUCCGCCGCCCGAUGCGACCUUUCUCCAAGGCUCCAGGACGGGCUAAGGACUCCAAACACCAGCAUUCCCAUCGACGGAAAGGUGUGGUCCUGCAAAGCCAGGAGGAAGUGAGAAAUGAAACCAGCUGCUUCGAGGGUUAUUAUCUACACCGGCUGGUUAGCAACGCCUCUGAUCUGGAAAGUGCUUUCCCCGUAAAGCAGAUUAUGACCUGAAUAGAUGGACAUGUCUGCUGAUCCCCGGCCAGGUGGGAGGCCCUGGAGAAGCCGGCCGAAGGAGGAAGAAGACACGGGACCAAGGACAGGUCCUGGCGCACAGUUGGGUGACCCGGGGAAAUAUGCCUACGCGGCUCUCUGCGCCGUUUCCUUGGCCUCGUUGUUUCCGGACCAGGAGGAAAGUGCCUACAGGACGGGAGUGGUGGAGAACCUGGUCAGGUGGCUGGAGUUGUCGGACACCGUGAUGCCAUCCAUGCUGGCCUUUGCCGGAGGUCUGGGGGCUGAAGGGACCGAGACCUUCGCUCGGAUCCUUCUGAGCGAGCCGCUUCUGAAGGAUGAGCCCGGCGCCAUUAUGCUGGACCUGGUCUCCUUUUCUCUUAAGGACGGCUACUACGAUGCUCGCAUGCGGGUGCUUCUGUCCCACAUGGCCGGGUUGUUGGAGAUCCCCUUGGCAGAACUGGAAGACGCAGAGGACUAUCUCCUUGAAUGUCUGAAGGAGGAAAAAGAGGCGGAAUCGGAAUCGGACGAAGGCAAGCGGAAGAAGAAGGAGAGGAGGAAGAGGCUGAAGCGGUACCUGCUGAUUGGCCUAGCGACCGUAGGUGGAGGGACGGUCAUCGGCCUGACCGGAGGAUUGGCAGCUCCCUUGGUGGCUACUGGAGCAGCGGCCAUCAUUGGGACCGCUGGGGCCACGGCCUUGGGGUCGGCAGCCGGAGUGGCCAUUAUCGGUUCUCUCUUCGGAGCCGCUGGAGCAGGACUCGUGGGGUACAAGAUGAAAAAGCGGGUGGGGGCCAUCGAAGAAUUUGAAUUCCUUCCUUUAACUGAAGUGAAGCAGCUCCAUAUCACCAUUGCCAUCACCGGCUGGCUUUCUCCGGGGAAAUACGGCAGUUUCACGGCUCCCUGGAGCAGCCUCUUACAGUCCAAGGAGCAAUACUGCUUAGCCUGGGAGUCUAAGUACCUGCUGGAGCUGGGCAGCACCCUGGAUGCCUUGUGGAAUGGGUUGGUCAACAUGGCCGCCCAGGAAGCCCUGAAGUACACCGUCUUGGCGGGGAUCGUGACAGCCCUCACCUGGCCUGCUUCUCUGCUGGCGGUAGCUGGUGUGAUCGACAACCCCUGGGGCGUGUGUCUCCAUCGCUCCACGGAGGUCGGAAAACACUUGGCGCAGAUACUUCUCAGCCGGCAGCAGGGCAAGCGGCCGGUGACCCUGGUUGGGUUCAGUCUUGGCGCUAGAGUGAUCUACUUCUGCCUGCAGGAGAUGGCCAAGGAGAAAGACUGCGCAGGGAUCAUUGAAGACGUGGUGCUGCUGGGGGCCCCCGUAGAAGGCGAUCCCAAAUCCUGGAAACUGAUCACCAAAGUCAUUUCAGGCAGGAUCAUCAAUGGCUUCUGCAGGGGCGACUGGCUGUUGAGAUAUGUCUACCGCACCGCGUCCAUUCAGCUGAGCGUCGCGGGGCUUCAGCCUGUCUGCCUCGAUGACCGCCGGAUGGUGAACGUGGAUCUGUCUUCCGUUGUGAAUGGCCACCUGGACUACAUGAAGCAGAUGGACACCAUCCUGAAGGCCGUGGGGCUCAAAACGAGGCAGGGCCUGCAAGAACAAGGGGGCCUCCUGGGAGGGCCUUCUCCCCCCAGCGAGGAGGAGAAGCAAGGGAUGCCUCCAGAUGGCGCAGCCUCUGAGGGGCCCAGUAGGCUGGGCAAACCCGACAUGGAUGGACCCGAGGAUGGGGCAGGCCUCAACGGCGAUGAAGACUCCUGGUGCUGGGAGCCAGUCUCCGCUCCUGGACAAGAAUGUGCGGUUGCUCCAGCAAGGGGAUCUAAAAAGGGAUCAGCCUCCUGAAAUUCUCACCUCCUCUUGAUAUUCCCAAAAUCUUCUCUGCGGACCUUGGGGUGCCCCGACACCCCGAGGAGAUGCAUUUUGCACGGAUGUUCUGAGCUAGGCUUCCCAAAAGCGUGAAGCAGACUCCUUCUCCCGACAUAUUAUUAUUAAUAAUUUUUAUUAAGUGACUGUGAAUUCCUCUCAUUCACAUCCAGCAAAGUCUUUCAAGGGAGAAUUGACAGUCACAGACCUUAUCUGGCUUGGAGAGCUGCCAGGCCGAUAUCUUCAAAACUUGGCAAGGAGUUUCGGAGAGUCACGAACCAAUUAAGCGAACUAAUUGUCUCCUGCAAACUCCCCUCCCCUUUCGCUCCUCUUUUAUUCCCUCUGGGAGGGGCCAUUCACUGUCCACCUGCGGCUUUACUCCUGAGUCGCCCCUUGUUCUUCAGCUGUUCCCUUCGUCUGGCAACUCUGCGCAUGCGCACACUGGGAACAGGCUCCAGCUGUUUGUCUGCCUCACUGAUGUCUGCCUCCAAAGGCAGCUGAUAAUUGUCAGACGGCGCUGGCCCCCUCUCUGCCUCCGAUGCAGAGCCCUCAUCCGAGCCUUUCCCAGACUCCAGGAACUCGCCCAUAUUCCUCCCCAACCUCCUCAUUGUCCGAAUCCGCUGCCAGCUCUGCUGGCCGCUGCGGGUCACAACACUAGGGCUGUUUAGAAGAACUGUGUCUUUUUUCUCUUGUACUUGAUCCCACGACCCUGGAAAACCUCCAAAAAACUGACACGAGUCAGCAACUCCCUCUGCACUCUUUUUCUCCGAGGCCUGGUAUCCUUCCCCUGAACAUGGAGGCUCUGUUUCUUGAUUGCCUGCCCCGUCUCUGGCUUGCGUCAGAAGCCGGCGCUCCGAAACCUCAGCUCUGCGAGUCCCUGACUACAGCUCCCAUUCUCCACUGGCAGCAGGGGUGGCUUUGUAGUCCAAUCGUGUCCGGGGGAAGUGAACCUUGGAAGGGCUAACCCCCCCCCGUCCCCCCUCCCCACAGCUCGUGCUUUUUUUU